AUGAGCAGACUUUUCGAAGAGCAUGCCGAUCUACUCAACAUGUUUACUAAAUUUAAAGAGCUUAAAACGAAAGAAGAGCAAGCAACAUCAGAAGAACUAGCGGAACAUGCAACAAAAGUAAUGGAGACGAUGGAUGAGAGUAUUCGAAGUCUAGACGAAAUUGAUGUUUUCUUUCAAUUUUUACACGAAACUGGUGCUAUUCACACACGUAUUCCUGGCUUCACAUCUGAUCUUUUUUGGAAAAUCGAAAAGCCUUUUUUAAAAGCUGUUUCAGAUACAUUAGGUGACCGUUACACAGAGAAUGUUGAAGGAAUUUAUAAAAUCACAAUAAAGUUUGUAAUUGAGACUCUCGUUGAGGGUUUCGAGAGAGGACUUCAGAAUAAAAAUCACGUAGGUAAUAAAGGUGUAAAUUCAACUUGUAAUAGUAAUGUUAAUGGUGCCAAUACAACAACAACAACACAAAAUGGUGAUACUAGCUGUAAUUCAACAUCAAGAUCCAAUGAUGCCUCAUGAGCAUAAGAUGACAUAGGAGUGAUACAGUUUUAAUGAUCAUCAUUCACUAUCUAUUCAUUUGAUUACAUGACGACUUUUCAUCUUUUUAUCAAAACUUUUGCGUCUGAUUAAAAAUGGGAUGGAGAUGCUUGGGAAUGAAAAUUGAGUUGCUUUUGUGGAGUUUUUAGAGAAGAUUUUUUUUGUUGAAUUUAUA